AUGUCUUCGAUCUUCUUCUUCUGCCUCUUCGUCUCACUUUUCGCAAAAACAUAUGCCUCAGACAUGUCGAUCAUAACCUACGACGAAACAAACGGCCAGUCUUUGAGGUCCCACGAUGAGAUGAUGUCCAUGUACGAGUCAUGGCUAGUGAAGCACGGAAAAUCGUACAACGCUUUGGGUGAGAAGGAAAAGAGGUUCGAGAUCUUUAAGGAUAAUUUAAAAUACAUAGAUGACCAGAACAGCGUCGCGAAUCGGACCUAUAAACUGGGUUUGACCCGAUUCGCUGAUCUCACCAAUGAGGAGUACCGGUCCAUGUAUUUGGGUACGAAAACUGAUGCCAGACGCCGGUUUUCGAAGACGAAGAGUGAUCGGUAUAAACCGAAAGACAGCGACGCCUUGCCGGAAUCCAUUGACUGGAGAAAGAAAGGCGCGGUCGCUCCGGUGAAAGAUCAAGGCAGCUGCGGGAGUUGCUGGGCAUUUUCAACCAUUGCUGCUGUGGAAGGAAUAAACCAGAUUCAGACCGGCACUAUGGUCUCACUAUCGGAGCAGGAGCUGGUGGAUUGUGAUACAACCUACAACGAAGGAUGCAAUGGUGGUCUAAUGGACUAUGCAUUUGAGUUCAUAAUUAAGAAUGGUGGCAUUGACACUGAUGAAGAUUACCCCUACACAGGAAGGGAUGGGAGAUGCGACCCAUACCGGAAAAAUGCCAAGGUUGUGUCCAUUGAUGGUUAUGAAGACGUGCCACCGUACAAUGAGAAGGCAUUGCAAAAGGCAGUCGCAAACCAACCUGUAAGCGUUGCAGUCGAAGGUGGUGGGAGAGACUUCCAGUUAUAUGACUCGGGUAUAUUCACGGGGAAGUGCGGUCUUGACCUUGACCACGGUGUUGCUGCUGUUGGAUAUGGAAGUGAAAAUGGUGUUGAUUAUUGGAUAGUGAGGAACUCAUGGGGUCCGAGUUGGGGAGAGAAGGGAUACCUUAGAAUGCAGCGUAAUGUGGCUGCAAAAUCUGGUCUAUGUGGUAUUGCAAUAGAGCCAUCUUACCCUACAAAGACGGGCCAAAAUCCUCCUAACCCAGGUCCAUCUCCUCCAUCUCCGGUCAAACCACCCUCGACUUGUGAUGAUUACUAUGAGUGCGCCGAGGGCGAUACCUGCUGCUGUGUCUAUGAAUACUAUGGCUACUGCUUAUCUUGGGGAUGCUGUCCUCUCGAGGGUGCCACCUGCUGUGAAGACCAUUACAGUUGCUGCCCCCAAGAAUAUCCGGUGUGCAACGUUAAGGCAGGCACCUGUUCAGUGAGCAAGGACAACCCUCUUGGAGUGAAGGCAAUGAAGCGUAUUCUUGCCAAGCCAAUCGGGACUUUUGGGAGUGAAGGCAAGAGAAGCAGCUCUUGA